AUGUUGAUUAUAACUCUUCCUGUGUUUGACGACAAGAAAAAAAUCAGGGUUGAAGCCCCGUCCCGGGCGGAGCGCGCCGCUCCUCCGCCCGCCGCCGCCAUGGCCGCCCCGCCGCCGCAGCCCCCCGCCGCCCCGCCGCCGCCCGCCCGCCGCUGCCCGCCGCUGCCCGCCGUCGAGCCGCUCCUCUUCCUGGCCACGCUGUCCCUCGGCCUGCAGGGCCCGCUCGCCACCCAGUACCUCUGGGACCGGCUGGGGGCCGAGCGCGGCUACAGCGGCCCCAACGCCAGCAGCCCCGCCGGCUGCGGGAACGGCAGCGCCGCCGCCGACCCCCUGCGGCAGGAGGUGGAAGCGCUGGUCUCCCACUGGAACCUCUACAUCAACCUGGGAGGCUUCUUCGUUGGGCUCUUCUCCGUGACUCUCUUCGGACCAUGGAGCGACAGCGUAGGCCGCCGUCCGGCGCUCAUCCUGCCGGCAGUGGGUAUGGCCGUGCAAGCGGCCAUCUAUCUUCUCGUCAUGUACCUGCACCUGCACGUUGCCUACUUUCUCCUUGGACGCGUUUUGAGCGGCCUCAUGGGAGACUACAACCUGAUCCUGGCCAGCUGCUUCGCCUACGUGGCCGACACCAGCGACAAACGCGCACGUACAUUUCGCGUCGCUGUCCUCGAGGCGUGCCUCGGCAUCGCGGGCAUGCUGGCCAGCAUCGGUGGCGGCCAGUGGCGCAAGGCUCAGGGGUACAUCAACCCCUUUUGGCUCGUGCUUGCUGCCAGCCUUGCUGCCGCUCUCUAUGCUGCUUUCUGUCUUAAGGAAUCAGUGAAGCAGCAGAAACCAGCCAAGCUGUUCACGCUCAGCCAUUACAAGGCUGUCUACAGGCUGUACACGGCCCCAGAACACUUGAGCUCCAGGCGGAAGCUCGCUCUUUACUCCCUGGCUUUCUUUCUUCUUGUCACGGUACAUUUUGGAACCAAGGACCUCUUUGUUUUGUAUGAGCUUGGCUCCCCUCUCUGCUGGGCCGCUGACCUCAUUGGGUACGGCUCAGCCGCCAGUUACCUGGCUUACCUGAGCAGCCUGGGAGGGCUGCGGCUGCUGCAGCUCUGCCUCCAAGACACCUGGGUGGCAGAGAUAGGAUUGAUCUCCAAUAUUUCUGGACUGGUUGUGAUUUCUCUUGCUACUACAACACCACUGAUGUUUACAGGUUAUGGGAUUCUGUUCCUUUCCAUGGCAGCCACCCCAGUCAUCAGAGCCAAGCUCUCCAAGCUGGUCAGUGAGACGGAACAGGGUGCUCUCUUUGCUUCGGUUGCCUGUGUGGAAGGGCUGUGUUCACUUGUGGCUACAGGAGUGUUCAACUCUCUCUACCCUGCCAGCUUGCACUUCAUGAGGGGAUUCCCAUUUCUCUUCGGGGCUGUAAUUCUUCUUAUUCCAGCAGCUAUUAUUGGGUGGAUAGAAAUCUGGGACUCAAACCGUGACUACAAUCACUUCUCAGGUGCUUUCCUGUCCCCUGCAGAUGGCUGAGCAGCAACUUAGCAACAAGGAAUUGGCCAGCUCGGCAGUGUCCGUCUGAAGACUGCUCUUUAUUCUUCCCUUGAAGGACAGAUUAGUGUGGGAGGGACACCUUGCUUGUCCUCACUAAUUUUUAAAUGCCACAUAAUUGGAAAUCAUGCCUCUGACUGCCAGUAGGAACUCGCUUUGCAGAUGUGAAUGCUUCCUUGCCGUUGUGUUGGCCCAUCUGUCAGAGAAAACCCAAGAGACCCAAAAGCCAAUUAAGAGUUAAAGCUAUUGUUGGCCAUUUGCAAGGCUGGUUAGUGGUCUGGGGUUUGGUGGGAAGGGAAGGUUCUGUGGCAUGCUUUUAGUGGUAAGAGAGGACUGAAUUCUGGUUUAAUUGCCAAACAUGCUCCCCUCUGAGUCCUACGGUGUGCAGCAGAUGAGCUGUUGGUGUGGCUGAGGCCCAGACCAAAGCCUGCAGAGCGAGACUGAAGCAGAGGUACCCAACAGCGUGCUGCUGAGGAGAAAGAUCUGCACUCCGAAUCAGCAUGUUGUCAAUAAAAGCCA